ACAGAUUCAAAUAACAGAGCAGGAACUAGCAAACUAUGCGGAAGCGUUUUGGGUUUUAAAUUUUCAAUAAUCAAUAUAAAGCGUAAAGGUCAUUUUGUUUUCACCGAGAUGUCGGUCUAUUCAUAUUGUUAUGCUUAUUGCUUUAUCUUAUCAUUCCGGCGAGUGUUGUUAGCCAGUCAAUGGCCCUUUUGUGUACGAACUGGGCGCAUGUUUAAAUGUGCUAAUUUCGCUAAGUAUAUUUUACUCUUGUUUCUGCAGUCACCCUGUCAAACACAUUGGAAAAGGUCCAUCUUCACCCCUGCUGCAUCCCCAUGCAAGAAGUUUCAGCUCUCUUACUCAGACAAGCAAAGGUACGAGAUGGUGGAGAGUCCGGAUGCACAGAAACAAAUCCUGGUUGAGAUUGCCAAGAAGCUACCCAUCUACACUCGAGCUCAGUCUGGAGGUAUCAGGUUCUGCGACCGCUGCCAGGUGCUGAAGCCUGACCGCUGUCAUCACUGCUCGGUCUGUGAAAUGUGUGUUUUGAAAAUGGACCACCACUGUCCUUGGGUGAACAACUGUGUUGGCUUUUCAAACUACAAGUUUUUCCUACUUUUCCUCUACUAUUCAAUGCUGUACUGCAUAUAUAUCGCAGUCACAGUCUUUCAGUAUUUCAUUAAAUUCUGGGUGGGGGAUUUGCCAAAUGGUCCGGCAAAGUUCCAUGUCCUCUUUCUCAUGUUUGUGGCACUCAUGUUUUUUGUCAGUCUCAUGUUCCUCUUCAGUUACCACUGUUGGUUGGUGGCGAAAAACAGAUCCACUUUAGAGGCCUUUUCAGCUCCAGUUUUUGUCAACGGGCCAGACAGACACGGUUUCAAUGUUGGAAUACGCAAAAAUCUGCAGCAAGUAUUCGGAAAAGACAGAAGACUCUGGUUCAUCCCUGUUUUCACAAGUCAAGGUAAUGGACACUACUUUCCUUUAAAGAAUCGGAGUGAGUGUCAGAACCCCUUACUGGCAAACAAGGAGAUGUGGGAGGAGUCAGAUGACGCGUCUGAAGAAGGAAGCUGGGUUGAGGAUCAAGACCCUUCUGUUACCAUAGAAAUGGAGGACUAGACAAUGGACACUGGUGCUGAGCUUAAAGAGGAGGAGGAGGAGGAGGAGGAGGGAACGUGCAUUCUAAACGUGGAUGUUCGCCAACAACUCUGACAUGGACCAUACUGCAUUUGGAUGUUUUUUCCUCUUUAAAAGACAACGUGAAGAAGGGGAUGGACAUUCGGGUUCAUCCUGUUGCCGCACAACUAUUAAUUGAAAUUCCCUGUGAUCAGUUGAAGGUGUAGCAAAAGCGUUGCUCCAGUCUCUUCCGUUUGCACCAUUCAAUGUUACCUCAUGCUCACUUAUAAGAAAACCUUUAUUAGUCUCUCAAUGGAAAAAAAUCCCAAUUCACAGCAGCAAAGUUAUGAAAGGAAGAAGAUGGAUUCACUCUGUCGAAGUUCAGUCUUGUCAUUUAACACACACCACAUUUAACUUCCGCCUUACGCAUACUGUAUUUAUGUUGUGGGAAUCCAUUUUACAAAUGAAUGUAUCCAGCAGCCCGCUUGUAACUACAGGAUGGCAUACAACAAUUCAGGAACAAAUCUCCAUUAUAGUUUUUAAUCAUUACCUUGCAUGUUGGUUGUGGUUGGUCAGAAAAUAGAGAAACCGGAAUAAAAAUUAUCCCCCAAGUUUUAUAAAUACAUAUAAUAAUUAUAUUUUGUCGCAUAAAAAAUCCUAUCCUCACUCUGGUGGCGUCUGCAUGAGCAGAUGCCUGGCUGUGAUGUGAGUUCAUUAACAAAUGCACACCUCAGGGCAGCACAGUUGGUUGGCACGUCUGCCUCACAGUUCGCAGGUUCUCUGUUCGCUUUGGCAUUCCUUCAUGGAGUUUGUUUUCCGCGUGCAUACAUGAGUUGUCUCCAGGUACUCAGACUAACCAUAUUCUAAAAGCAUAGAUGUUAGCCAUGUGCGUGAAUGGUUGUCAAACAUCUCGUCUUGCCUUUCGUCCAAAGUCAGCUGGUCAGCCUUGCAGCAAGUGCAAAUUUGGUGUAUCUUCGGUAGUGUGCUCCAGUGUUUCGGGUUCAGUGACUCAAGUAAGCUGCACUAAUUUGAAAAGAAUAAUUGUACAGCUAAAAAGCGCUCAAAGUGAGGUAGUUCCACAUUCUAUUCUCAUUGUUACGCCGAAGGAACAAUUCUUCAACCCCGAUCAGACGGUCAUCAUCUGGUCGAGCGCCACCUUCCCACAAGCAUCUGUAUAAAUAGCUUACUCUCAAAGUACUGUCGUCACCUUGCACGCUGUCUUGUCGUGUGCUGGUUUGGGAAAAAAAAAAACAUGACAGGCACUAAAAAGGUCAGAAUUGAAGUUGCAUUCCAGCAAUGAAGAGAUGUCUUAUCCGUGAGAUUUAAAAUCCUUAAUUGGCACAAGUGUUUUAUUAGAAGAGAGCACAAAGGUUCUUAAGUAGGUCAUCCAAAAGUGGAUGGAGAGCAGGUCUCUCAAUAUGUGAUUUGUAUUGUUUUGUAUCCAUGUUCCUGAGGAUUUUUACAUAUAUUAUGUGAAUGUUUUGAGACAAAACACAGCUUCUGACGACAGUUUAUUGACAAUGACCCAAAGCCUAAAUGCAACUAGAUGUGUUUUUACUUCAUUUUCACUUCACCACCACAUGACUUCAUGACAGGAUAAUUCUACUUUGUUGGACCAAUCAAGUAACACUCAUGUCUGACAAUACUCCCCUGUCAUUCGUAAUUUUCCAUUUAUGUUGUUAUGUUUUCAAUGUAUGUGCAUGUAAAAACCUUCAGAAAAUGCGGAUGUUUAUUUAUUGCUAAAAUUAACUAGCGAGACAUAGCUGCUGCGGGCAGUGUCUGCAUAUUUUGCUUCAUUGUGUGACACAUUGAAUAUGUAUUAAAAAUAUACAGGUAUAUGCCAGUGACACAUAUCAUAUGUAUCAGACACCUGGAUCUCUAACAGUAAAAAAUAUCUUUUUCACCAGCCACAAGACAGUAUUUUCAAAUGCUCGUGCAAACUGGUCUUUGGAUUAUUGUGUGUGAUUGUGUCAUUUAUGUUUGUCUGUAAAUAUCGUUAUUUUCCAUUUGGUGGUCUUUUGGUAACAAAUAUAAAUCCUUUAUUAAAUCACCACUUGUAACAUGCAAAGUAAAAUGAUCUCGAUACGGCU